AUGGAGAAAUCCAAUCUAUCGCCCACCUCGGAUGCUGGACAACCGCCCUUGACCUGGAGCGACACCAUUACGCCAUCUCCCAUUGAUCGCACGUACUCGCGCCCCAAACGACUACGAGAGCCAUGGCGACAUUCGGUUUCGAGACAGGCAAGCGAGACAAUCUCGCACACCGUCAGGGAAUUCAAACCGGACCGCCAACGCCGUAGACUGUUCGCCAAGGGUAUAUUCCAGUGGUUGAUCACUUUGGUGCUUUCUGGUCUGCUGGCCGCAUGUUUGGGCGCUUUUGGACAACUACUGUGGAUGAGCGUGACCCAGAUGAAAGCUUUCAACGCACUCAUCGUGUUGCUGUCCGUCUUUCUCGGCAAUAACCUUACAAGUUCGCUCCGAGAAUAUGCGCUUAUGCUGAGAUGGAGGAUGUUGGCGGCCAGAUACCGACCGCUUGAUGAGUUUAAUCUGUUGAUGCACUGCGACAGUCUGCGGAAUGUGUUGAAGUUGUUUUGGGUGGCAAGGACCCAAGGACGAGCCUGGUUCUAUCUCAACAAGACGCAAUGGCUUUGUGCUAUUUGGCUUGGGGUUAAUAUCUUGCUUCAAGUUCUCGUGGCCCUGCUCGGGUUGACCUACAAUCUCAACACUUCGUCGAUCCCGGGGGUGAAGUUUGGUCCUGUCAGUGUUGCAAACUUGACUCUCAUCCGCGACGUAUGGGGUGCAGAUAAUCCGACGUUCGACGCUCAGUUAGGGUCUGCCAAUUCGUACGGCAUCCAGGGUCAGGAUUACCUAUUUGUCAACACCACUCCUAUCGGCCAAGGGAAAGUGCCACAGUACGGUACACCAGGCACGCCAACGAUAUACGCGAACCAUAACUGGACAGAGAUGACCUAUGUCUUCCAAGAUGUAGACGUCCAAAAUUCAGCUCUCAGCUUGAUCUCGCAUCGAAACAUCACUACGAGUGCCACUUGCGAAUCCCUCCAAGUGCUUGACGGAGGAGACGGCACCAACAGCUAUAUCACCUACCUGGACAAGAAUGGCCAACGAAAUACCUUGGAUGUUGUCCAUGUCGGGCCCGGCGCGACAACAUACGUUGGCGUUCUCAACUCGACCUGUGGGCCUCGGUGUACCCAAGUGAUGGCUUUGCAGAGCGCCAACAAUGACACGAUUCCCAACCCGUCCUUCUAUCAAUGCCAAAACACAAUCUCACCUGUGAAUGGCAUCGAACGGUACCUCUUCGACGGUCAGACGGCAGACUUGUUCCAGAUGCCAGACACUCAAGCCCGCAUCAUUGCCGGGGCCAUCGGCUGGACCGGGUUCGACUAUGUACCAGGCGAUUUGUACCAAUACGUCCGCUACGUGACGGAGUCGUGGUGGAGUCCCAACACUCCGGCUGACGUCGGUGUGAUUUCUCGUCGGAUCAUGGAGUUCAGCAUCGAAGCGGUCGCGGCGAUCGAUUACAACGGGCCCCGCCACACUGUCCAGGGCCAGCAUGCCGUUCCUGCACAGGUGGUAAAGGUGCUGUGGCGUUGGUCGGCGACGAUCUUGGGUAUCAUUCCCGCAGUACAAUUGUUAGCUCUGGUUUGUGUGAUUGCUUGGGGCAAUUCGGCCAUCAUCCGCGACGAAAGCUGUCUGAGUACUGCGCGCCUUCUGCGGCCGGUAGUCGAGAAACUCGGCGACAGGGGCUGCUUGCUCACAGGACAAGAGAUUGCAGAGGAAUUUGCCCACGUCAAAGUCAAGUAUGGGUGGCGGGAGCCCCUACCGGACUUCACUUUCAGGAACCAGAUCGAUCCGCAGAUCGUUCGGCAUGUGGACGUCCUGGACGAGAGCGAAGGCUUGGGAAGUCAAGGACCCAUGCCCCCGGGUUUAUAUGACGGAGUAUAUGACAACGAGUGUGAUGACAUGACGAGGCUAUUACACCAGCGGCGUGGAAAGAGAAGAGUGAGUAUAUGA